UUGAAAAGCUGUUACAACGAGGUCGCAUCUUCGUGGCUACGUUCUAAUCCUGGUAGUGUCAUAAAACAAGCUAAUGUUGCAGAACUGCUUGGCACAGCAUACCCUCGAUCAGUUCGUAUGGAUAUAGCACAAAAUGGUUUCAAAGCUACAGGGUUGUGGCCGUGUGACAGAAAUGUCAUUAAAGCAGAGGAUUUCGUAGCUUCUGUAUACAUCUCUGAUCCAUCAAAUCAAGAACCUAAUGGUUCACCUGAACCAACUACGGAAUCAUCCGCUAGAGCUACAUCGCCAUCAAUAAUAACCCAACCAAUAGUUGCGUCGCCAUCAGUAUUGGUCGUAUCUCCACCACCAUCCACCUCAUUACCAUCACCCCCAAAAAUUAUAACACCUCCCUUAAUACCGAAAGAUUCAACGCUGCCCACCGUUCAACCUGAGCCGUCCAAGAUUGAUAAAAUUUCCAAUAAUGAAGAAAUAAAGUCUCACUUGAAUGUUUUAUCUCCAGUGCCUUGCAUAAAUACUGUUAUUAAAAAAAUGAAGAAAGGUACAAAGCGAACGAUGGAAUUAACUUCAAGUCCUUAUAAAAAUGAAAUGGAAGCCAAAGAAAACAUGAAUAAGAAGAAGAAACCUAUACUAGAUAUGAAAAAAUUGAAAACAGAAAAAAAAAUAAACAAAAACAUACAGAGAAGAAGUUCAGAUGAGACAUACAGGAAGAACAAAAAAAUGAAAACUAAAAAAUCGUGGCUGUGCCAACUUUGUAAGGAAGAUCGCGAAGAAGAUAUGAUCCAGUGUUCUAAAUGUAAAGGUUGGAUACAUGACCUAUGCGCUGGUGUUGAAAGUAAAAUAAAAAAAUAUACUUGUGAUAUCUGUGUUCAAUCUCAAUAA